AUGAGGACAGCUAAUGGGAGAAAGAAGAAGAAUUGUACGACCAUAACAUUGGACGUAUUGCCUCACUGCCUCAUUCACAAAGUACUCUCUUAUCUUCCUUUUAAAGAAGCAGCCCAGAUGAGCAUUCUCUCGAAAACAUGGCUGCAAGCCUGGUUGACUCAUCCCAACUUGGAAUUCACACUUCCUUAUCUCAAAGUAGUGGAUAGUUUCAUGGAGAGAUAUAGGGAUGGGAAAAUCCCUAUAGAAAAAUUUGAAUUAUCAGACUCUGCAGGCUCCUCUCAAGGUUUCCCUUCAAUUGAUAAAUGGAUUGACAUUGCACUUCAGAAUGGUGUAAAAUAUCUUGUCUUUAAAGUUGCUAGCAUUUCGUUGCCUAUUUUCACAAUCUUGGCAGCUAAAUCUUUAAGAGAAUUGGUUCUAGAGGGUUGUACUCUUAAUAUGCCUGUUUCGUUAUCUAGUGGUAUUGCGAAUUGCGAUUCUUUGAGAAAGCUUUCUCUAUCUUGUGUAAGUUUAGAUGAACACAUGCUUCAAACUCUGCUAAGUAGCUGUCCUUUGAUUGUCAAUUUCAUCCUCAAGGAUUGUGAUGGGUUGGAAAAGAUUGAGUUGUUGAAUCUUCAAAAAAUCAAGUCAGUUUCCAUUUCGACACAAAGAAACCUUCCUGUUAAAAUCCGAGCACCAACUCUUGAACAUCUGUCUUAUUCUGGUUAUUUAUCGGAUGAAUUGGAUGUUGUUGAAUGUCAGAAUCUGAUUUUUUUAGAUGUAUCAUAUGUGUUGACAUCUGAUGGAUUUCUGCAGCACCUUAUUUCUAGAUUUCAAUCCCUAAAGGUCUUGAAGAUUCAGUAUUGUGGGGACAAUUUGGAGAUCGAUUCUCCAAAUUUGGUAUCAUUUGAGUAUGUGAGAGAUCAAAUUCCCGAACAUAAAAUUGUGAUAGAGUCAAGAAAACUGAAGCACUCAAAAAUUGUUCUUCACUGCUACGACUAUUUAAAUGAUGCAUGGUUUUGUAAGUUGAGGAAGUUUCUAUCAAAUUCGACCUCAUGGUCUCAAGUGUCCCUCCAUUUUCCCAAAUGCAAUGAGAUCAACAUGAAAGAUUUGCAACUGCACCACAGAGUUGCUACCCCACAGGUAGACAUUUUAAAUGUCAAUAUUCUAUGGCAGAAUGCGGAGUGCCCAACGUUUGUGGAUGCUUUGCUAUGGAGUUGUCAUCCUAGGAGACUCAACCUACACUCAAGUAUUAAAAUGAUUACAUGCUUCAUCUGUUGUUUAAUGUAUAUGAAGAAUUCAAGUCAGUCUUUUUCUCAAAGAAGCAAGCCUUGGCAUAUUCAUCAAUUAAUGGAAAUAAAAGUUUUUGAUGGGAGAAAUCAGCCGCUGCAACUCAGAAAUGGGGAGCUAGCAAUAAGCACCCUUACGGAUUGGAAGGAAGUUUCUUUUUUAUUAGAUUGGCGAUGCAGUUAAUUUAUCAUUAUUUCAAAUUGAAUGCACUUAUUCAUUUCUAAAGU